AUGACCGCACGAAUUGACCUUUCUCAAGGGGAAGAUAUCCCUGCUUUCAAUGCAUGCAUCUUGCCUGUUUCGAUCAAACAUAAUGGAAAAGUCAACGCGGUUCAGUUUUUUGGAUCAACGUCAACCAAGGAAAACUACAUGGAAACAAACGUGGAUGUCCGCUAUUUUCGAGGAAUAAAACUCAUGGGCCGACUGGUUGACUUCGAUUCAAAAAAAGCAUAUGUGCUCAAUGACUUCGAGAUAUUACUGCGUGGGGACAACGAUGAGGAGCUAGCGACAGUGAAACACUAUCAGGCUACUGCAAAAAUAGAAACGUUGAAAGUUUAUGGUCACGACAGCAUUCCUCCAGAGCACGAUAAGUGGAUUCUUUCCAAUGAAUGGGGGCUCAUCGCAGAUGUUCUCCACAGUGACUAG